UCUGGUGAGUGGUGCUGUACUAAAUACACGUGAUUGCUACAGCAGUUAGUGCUGCAGCUUUUAUAUAGGUUUGAUAACGUGAUUCUGUUAUGUACUUUCAUUAAUACGCGUUUGACAAAAAAAUGAGUACCGUGGACUUGGCUAAACUGGGCGUAAACCAGGUGAAGAAUGUCCAGACUGGUGAGAUGGUGGAGUUGCAGUCUUUGUGGAAGGAAAAGACAUGUGUUCUCUUUUUCUUGAGGCGGUUUGGCUGUCAGGUGUGCCGCUGGACUGCCAAUGAAGUCAGCAAGCUAAAGGAAUCCUUUGAGCAGAACAAUAUCCACUUGGUUGGAAUUGGACCUGAAGAAUUAGGUUUGCAGGAAUUCAUUGAUGGGAACUUCUUCAAAGGAGAACUUUACAUUGAUGAAAAGAAGCAGUGUUAUAAAGAUCUGAAUUUUAAGAGGUACAAUGCCUUGAAUCUUUUACCUGCAGCACUUGGCAAGAAGGUUCGAGAAGUGGUUACCAAGGCCAGUGCAGAUGGCAUCCAGGGAAACUUUUCUGGAGAUCUGAUGCAGAGUGGAGGAAUGCUAAUCGUGAGUCAAGGAGGAACACAGGUGCUCCUUCAUUUUAUUCAGGACUUCCCUGGUGAUAAAGUUCCUCUUGAAACUAUUGCUCAGACACUUGGAAUCAAAGCAGAGGUUGAAACAAGUCAAAAGCCACAGUGCAAUGAUGAGGUCUGCACUCGCUGAAAUGGAAGCAAGGAGACUUGAACCUCCUGACAGCUGGUCUGCAUCAUUUUUGUCAUCACAUUCUGAAGGUGGUGUUUUCGGCGGGGAAAAGACUGUGACUGAAUUUUAAAGUGACUGCUGCAGAGUCAAGUGGCUGUAUCUGUAAAACACUCACCUAUAUCCUCAAACAUAUUUAUAAUUUUUAAUGCUGUAUUUCUACCAUUUAAUUCCAAAGUUCACGGUUAUAUAAAAUGAAACAUUAAAUGCAGCCAUUACUUGAA